AUGCUAGAGAUACUGAUCCAGACGCUGAAUCCCUUGCUUCGCAGCGUGGUGGAGGUCAAUCCUGACGCCAGGGAUCAAGCCGACGAGGCCGACCAGGAGAGGGCGAGAUUUGGUACUUCCGGGGACCUUUCAUCGCUGCACGGAAUCCCGGUGCUCUUGAAGGAUACGAUCGCCACGAAGGACAAGCUGAACACCACGGCCGGCUCGUAUGCGCUGCUGGGCUCGGUGGUGCCACGGGAUGCGGGCGUGGUUGAGAGGCUGAGACGAGCCGGGGCUGUCAUUCUAGGGACGGCCAGUCUCACCGAGUGGUAUUCUUUUCGUUCUCUGGGUCGCAUUCCUAAUGGUUGGUGUGCCAGAGCGCCUUGA